AUGGCACAAAGAAGGGCCCCGUCAUCGUAUUCCCGUUCUUCCCUGCUUGGUCCAACCCCGCCGGCUUCGGGGCGGUCAUCGCCCUAUAACUACGAGCCAACCGGCCAACGAUUUGCAGACGACCUCGAGGGUCAGAAUGACGAGGCUUUGGAAGGGUUGAGUGCAAAGGUCAAGCUACUCAAGGAUAUCACUGUCGGUAUCGGUAAUGAGGUCCGGGAGUCGACAAAACAACUGAGCGAAAUGAACGACGCUUUCGCAGAAACGGGGUCAAUACUGAGUGGGACAUUCAGACGGAUGAACAACAUGGCUGCAAGACAAGGGUGUCGCUGGCUAUGGUACAUUGUCUUUCUCGUCAUUGUGUUCUGGUUCUUCCUUGUUGUGUGGUGGUUUCGUCGGUGA